UCCGCCUUUCCGGCGGUCGUGUCGCGCGUGUUUCGUUCCGCGCAUUGUGUUAAUUCGAUUCUCCGGGUCGGUCAAGUGAUUCAGUCUCUUUGGAACACUUCGAUUCUCUUUGGCUGUCAAUUUCAGUGAAUACCAGGCGGCUACGUCAUCGUUUGAUUGCGUCAGCAGUCGCUCUUUCCCCAAAGCUCUUUGUUUUUUUUUCCCGUUUUUCUACUCAGUUUUGUUUUGCUUCGAUAUUCUGCCAUCAGGCGACAUGAGCAGCGAUUUCGGUGUCCAGGAUGUGGUGGCCGAGAGUGAUGGUCCGCCCCUGCAAGCUUUUCGCUGCAGUAACCCCUUCGACGAUUCUUAUGAGAAGACCUCAUCUGAACAGGAUUUUGAGCGCGAUAGGGAUGCCAAUCAGACGCCGCUGCACAUGCUGCGGCGGGCCAGCGAAAUAGUGACUGCCAGUAUCCUGGAACCCGAAAAGGAGCAGCUCCUGGGUGAGCGGCCUCAGGUUCCACCCCGGACCCACGGACCACAGAUCCCAAAUACCUCUGAAGCUAAGCGCAGCAGACAGCAGCAAAAUCAGUGGCAGCUGCAGCAGGAGCAGCAGCAGCAGUACAACAACAACGGGGCACUGGGGCCAGGUGACAACAUGACACAAGGAUCUAACAACGGCAGUGCAGUGCCGCAGGGUUCGCAAGGCGACAUCCUGCCCACCCGCCCGCUGCAUACCAAAUUAGACAUACAGAAAAUCCCGGAGGACGCGGGCGACGCCACACAAAACGCUGCAACAAUAAUUUUAACGCCGACAUCAUUAAAUUUAACAAAUACAACACAAAAUGUAGCCGGCAACAAUGCGGGCAGCACCAACACCAACUCAAACUCCAACUCCGGCUCCGGGUAUCCAACUCCGGGCGGAGUCCGUGGCGACGAGUACAAAGGGCCCAAAUGGUGGAUACACUUCCGGUCGCAUUGGGUGAACAUUUCCGAGCAAGUGGCCCUGCUGGCCAUUUUCCUGGGUCUGUGGUCCAUGGCCUGGGUUUUGCUGCCGGAAUACUCACAGCCACAGACCGUCAUUAUGCGGAUUGCAUUCCUCUUCGUUGGAGCUCAGAUCCUUGGUAUCCUGGUGUCCUUUGUGCACCUGCCCGACAUGCUGGGCAUGCUCUUUUUCGGAGUGCUCUACGCCAAUCUGGGUCUGGCUAAUUUCGAGGGCUAUCAGAAGUUCGAGCUGUUUUUGAGGGAAAUGGCCCUGAUCAACAUCAUGUUGCUGGCUGGCCUCGGGCUGGAUGGAGACGCCUUCAAGCGGCUGUGGUUCAUGAUUCUCCGCCUGACCCUCCUGCCCACAAUUGUGGAGGUGGCGGCCAUCGCCGGACUGGCCUACCUCACCCUCUCGAUGCCCUGGCUGUGGGGCAUUGCCUUGGGGCUGGUCAUCACCGCCGUCUCCCCGAAUGUGGUCGUCACCGUGAUGCUGAAACUCAAGGAGGAUCGCCUGGGCCUCAACAGCGGCAUCCACACGCUCAUCUACGCCAUGACCACAUGCAACGAUGUGGUGGCCAUCUUCAUGUUUGGCGUGAUAAUCAGCGUAAUAUUCUCAACGACCUCGCUCACCCAGCAAGUGCUGCAGGGUCCCAUUGGCAUCGGGAUUGGACUCGUUUUCGGCUAUCUCUACGGCUCGAUGCUCCAGUACUUGCCGUCGCGCAACGCGACGUACGCAAAUGGGCUCCGUUUCGUCCUGACCGUCUUGGGCGGCACCAUCGCCGUGAUGGGCAGCCGCGUCAUCGGUUAUACGUCGGCCGGUGCUCUGGGUUGUGUAACGACCGCCUUCAUUGCGAGGAUUGGCUGGCGGCGGGAGGAGUCCAGGCUGACGGCCCAGCAGCUGCAGGCACAGCAAAUUGCGAGUGUGCCCAAGCGUCUGGACCUCAUGUGGAAGUUCCUCAAGCCCGUCUCGUUUGCGCUUAUUGGCAAGGAAAUUAAUUUCAACGUGCUGCAGGGCCAUGUAAUCGGUUAUGGCGCUUUGUUGGUGCUCGUCGGAAGUUUGUUUCGCCUGGCUUUUGCAUAUUUAUCCACAUAUGGCGGAAAUCUGUCGAGAAAGGAACGUGCCUACAUUACAAUUUCCGGUUUUCCCAAAGCAACUGUCCAAGCCGCUCUGGGUCCGGUGGCUUUGGACUUGGCACGUGCUGCCAGCGGGGCCAGUACAGAACAGCUUGCCUUGGCCAGCAAUGUGCUCAUCAUCUCGGUGCUGGCGAUUAUUUUCACCGCCCCACUGGGCGCCAUCCUCAUGCUGCGACUGGCGCCAUAUUGGCUCAAACACGGCGAUGCAGUGGAGGCGGUGGACUCCCCGACCACGCCCACAGUCCCAAACGCCAAGGCCUUCAAUAGGACUUAGCACCCGGAUGACCCACGCAUCUGGAGUCGAAAGUUUUAAUCCAUGCCGUACUUACCUAGCCAUCCUAGCUGUACUUAUACUUACGUGUACUUAGUCCCAUUCGGCAAUACGAAGUUCAAAUAAAAAUAAAUGCGAAAAGUUACAAACAUA